AUGUCGAGGGGCAGAUCUGAUGAAUCGCCGAAGCGUUUAGUUGCUUCUGUUUGUGGUGUGGUAGUAUUUCUUGGUUUUGUAUAUGUGUUUCAAGGAUCCAUCUUUGGCUCUCAAAAUAGUUCUACAUCUGAAUAUGGAAGAUCAUUGAAAAGACUCGGGGCGUCGUAUUUGGGCGCAGAUGAUGAUGCAGGUAGCAAGCAACAAGAGGAAUCUACAAGUUUAGUGCAGGGAGAUGAUGAUUUUGUACCGAAGAAUUUCCCUGUUUGCGAUGAUCAUCAUUCAGAGUUGAUUCCAUGCUUGGACAGACAUCUUAUCUAUCAACUGAGACUGAAGUUGGAUCUUAGUUUGAUGGAACACUACGAGAGACAUUGCCCUCCCGCAGAAAGACGGUUCAAUUGCUUGAUUCCUCCUCCCCCAGGGUACAAGGUCCCUAUUAAAUGGCCACAGAGCAGGGAGGAGGUGUGGAAAGUAAAUAUACCGCAUACUCAUCUUGCACAAGAGAAGUCCGACCAGAACUGGAUGGUUGUGAAAGGUGAAAAGAUUUUUUUCCCCGGAGGAGGGACUCAUUUUCACAAAGGAGCUGAUAAGUACAUUGCAGCCAUCGCAAAUAUGCUCAACUUUUCAAACAAUAAUCUUAACAACGAAGGAAGACUACGGACUGUUCUUGAUGUUGGCUGUGGUGUUGCGAGUUUUGGAGGUUAUCUUCUGGCAUCUAAUAUCAUUGCAAUGUCCUUGGCACCAAACGAUGUGCAUCAAAAUCAAAUUCAGUUUGCUUUAGAAAGAGGAAUUCCUGCAUAUCUUGGUGUCUUGGGAACCAAGAGACUCCCUUACCCAAGUAGAUCUUUUGAACUUGCACAUUGUUCUCGUUGUCGGAUUGAUUGGCUUCAGAGAGAUGGAAUACUACUCCUUGAGCUAGACCGGGUUCUUAGGCCGGGAGGUUAUUUCGCGUACUCAUCUCCAGAAGCAUAUGCUCAGGACGAAGAAGAUUUGAGGAUAUGGAGAGAAAUGAGUGCCCUUGUGGGACGCAUGUGUUGGAGAAUCGCUUCGAAGAAAAACCAAACAGUCAUCUGGCAAAAACCUCUUACGAACGAUUGCUAUAUGGAGAGAGAACCCGGUACUCGUCCUCCUCUCUGCCAGUCUGACGACGACCCUGAUGCAGUAUGGGGAGUGAACAUGGAAAUUUGCAUAACGCCUUAUUCUGACCAUGACCACAAAGCCCAGGGUAGUGAAUUAGCUCCAUGGCCUUCAAGAUUAACGAGUCCUCCUCCUAGAUUAGCUGACCUUGGCUACUCAAGUGAAAUCUUCGAGAAGGACACGGAACUAUGGCAAAAAAGAGUUGAGAAUUACUGGAAUCUCAUGGGAUCGAAAAUCUCAUCAAACACCAUCAGAAACGUGAUGGAUAUGAAAGCAAACAUGGGUUCAUUUGCCGCCGCUCUUAAAGACAAAGACGUUUGGGUGAUGAAUGUUGUACCUCAUCAAGGACCAAGCACGCUUAGAAUUGUAUUCGACAGAGGACUCAUCGGGACUACUCAUGACUGGUGCGAAGCAUUUUCAACGUACCCGCGCACUUAUGAUUUACUCCACGCAUGGACUGUAUUUUCUGAUGUACAAGCGAAAGAGUGCAGUCCACAAGAUCUAUUACUCGAGAUGGAUCGUUUGGUUAGGCCAACCGGUUUCAUAAUCAUACGAGAUAAACAACCCGUGAUCGAAUUUGUUAAAAAGUACCUAACAGCAUUGCAUUGGGAAGAAGUUGCAACUGCAGAUUCGAGUUCUGACUCUGACCAAGAUGGAAAUGAAGUUGUUUUUAUCAUUCAGAAGAAAUUGUGGCUCACUUCUGAAUCCCUUAGGGAUGCAGCAGAAUAG